UUCUUUGCAGUACUGUCUGAAUUCAAAGAUUUUUCACUUGGAAUCUUGCAGACAUGAGAUUUGAGAGAGCUGAAUCAGAUCCUCCUACUGAAGGGUCUAAUGGGCACAAAGACAUUUGUGUUUUGGUUGUGGAUUGUGAUCCCACUAGCCUCAUGACCAUUUCAGGAAUGCUUAGAGCUUUGACAUAUCAAGUUGUGACUGUGGAACGAGUUACUGAUGCACUGGCGAUGAUACUGGAAAGAAAGGAUGAAGUCGACCUUGUGAUGACAGAGCUUCACAUGCCUGACAUGGAUGGACUGCAGCUCCUUGAUGAAAUCCAAAAAACUUCAAAAUUGCCUGUUGUUAUUAUGUCGGCUGAUGCUGAGGAGGAUGCCAUGUUGAGGAGUCUUAAUAAGGGUGCUACGUAUUAUAUGAUGAAGCCGGUUGAGAUGGGAAGUAUAAAAAACCUUUGGCAGUAUGUGUUCUUGAAUAGGAGGGAUAAACAGCUGCAGAAAACUGGGCAGAAGGGUGGUGUCCAGGUUGAAUCAUUGGGGGAAAAUGAAUCAGAUGUAGAUGCAGGUAGUGCACUGAUCAGUAAUGGGAAGCAUGGUUACCAAGAGCCCACAACAGACACUGUAGAGACCGACAAAGACGAUGACGAUGAGGAAGAUACCCUUACUUCGCCUAUUCGAAAGAAGGCGAAACUCACUUGGACGACUGAACUUCAUGACAAAUUCUUGCUCGCCAUUGGUGAAUUAGGCCUUGAUAGUAAGACACAUAAAUUUUUAUUCUUAUGGUAUUGUCCAUGGAUGUAUAAAUUAUAA